AUGGGGAGGAGUGGGGCAGGAAAAUCCUCAUUCAUCAACCUCGCAAGCAACUCAUCACUCAAAAUCGGGGAAGGACUCGAAUCGUGCACAGAGAGGGUCGAGAUGUCCGAACCGUUUCAACUCGAGCCCAACGGACGACACAUCCGCCUGAUUGACACCCCUGGAUUCGACGAUUCUUCCAAGAGCGAUGCGGAUAUCCUAAACACGAUUGCGACCUUCCUUGUAAACGAAUACAAUAAGAAAAGGAAAUUGAGCGGCAUCAUCUACUUCCACCGUAUUUCAGACGUUCGGAUGGGUGCCAGCUCCCGGCGCAAUUUCCUCAUGUUCCAGAAACUGUGUGGCCCAGCGUUCUUGGCCAACGUCGUCCUCGCUACAACCAGAUGGAGCGAGGUCAAUCCAGCGGUCGCCGAAGCUCGCGAGAGCGAACUGAAAACCAAAGAGGCAUUCUUUAAGCCAAUUAUCGACAUGGGGAGUCCACUUAUGCGGUAUGAGAACAGCUUCGAAUCAGCUCGGAACAUUUUGGGUCAUCUUGCAGGCAAAACUCCUCUGACGUUGCUCAUUCAGAAGGAAAUUGCCGACGAGAUGAAAACGGUCUCUGAGACUGCAGCGGGCUUGGAAUUGCACCGAGAGAUACUCGAACAAGCCAAACGUCACGAGGAAGAAAUGUGCGUGCUGCUAGAGGAGAUAGAUGAACUCGAGAAGGAGCACGACGAAAUUGGAACCAAAAACCUGGACAUGGAGGUGAGAGAGUUGCGAGACAGAAUGAUGCGACUACAGCAGGAAGCACAUACGUUGUCCGGAAAUGAAGACAUAGAAACCAUUUCGCCUGUUGCGCCAGAACCUUUAACUCUGCCCCACCACGUUUCCGACAUAGAAACUGCCGGGAAAACCACAGAGCAACUGCCAGAUUGUGAAGGGAAGGACAUCACCAACAAUGUCCCGUCUGCUGUAGCUGUCAAACCAUGCCUACCAGAGACCACACCUUGCCUCUUGUCGCCACCAACCACGACGCAGCAACAAGAUUCGGCCGUGAUUCAAGGUGUUAUAUUGACAUCUGUAUGGUCCUCUCCUCGACAAUGCAUUAACAACGCUGGUGAAAGCCCGCAGCUUUCGACGCGGCUGGUGGAGGCAACGAACACCAUUGACAAUCCUUCAGAGAUAUCACCCCUUCCCAUUGCACCAGCGUUUAUUGGCGAUAUAAAUCCACGAGCUCCACGUCCAAAAGAGAAUGCUCAUGAGACCCAGUGGUCCUCGCUUCCACAAGUGGCGGGGAGAGUGAAUCCUUCUAAUCAUCCCCCAAUGAACGAAACAUACGAAAAAGCAACGAUUCCUGCUGGACACCACAAAAGGUUCCAUUUCACCAUACCCGUCCAGGAUCGAUUAGAAACUCCGGAAAACGAAUCAAUGAUUCCUGCUGGACACCCCAAAACGCUCCAUUUGACCAUACCCCCAGCCGCUCAUAUAAUCGGAGUCGAGGAUCGAUUGGAAACCCCGGGGGGCGAGAUUUUGGAAUCUUUACGGCGAGAACUUGAAGCGCUUCAGGUCCUUUUUGAGCACAGAGACGAGGCACAUCAGCGAGAGGUCGAGGCGCUAAAGGACAGAGACGAAGUUCGCCAACGGGAGUUCGAGAAGUUGAGUGAGAGGAUCAAAGCCAUGGAAACGGCUCGAGCUGCAUUCCGACCUGGUCUUUCGAAAGUAAAUUCGGCAUGA